CUCCAUGGCUCCAUCAGCCAUCAUACCGCACUGUACCAUUCGGCGAAUACACCCGUAACCGUAUUAAAUUUUCACGGCAUAUUAUUUAUUAAGUUUUGUCUUUAUUUUAAUUAAAAGCAUUUAAAAAUAUUUGACAUACCUAUAGUUCGUGAUACAUUGUGCAAGUUAAGUGUGUUUGUGAAAUAUUUCCAGCGUUAACUGUUAAGCAUGCGGUCGGCUUGAAAAGUAUUGUGUAAAAGUUACAAUCUUGUAUUUGUAUAAUGUCUGAUUCAACGGAAUCCGGGAUCAGUUUUUUAUCCAAUUGGAAAUUGUGCCUUGCUGUAUCGGUACCUUGUCUUGCCGUUGGUCUUGGAGUUACAUACUUCCUAUAUUCUAAAAAACCUGUCAGUUCCAAGACAUCCAGUGACAUCAAUACUGAUGUUGUCAAAAAAACCGAGAGCAAUGGUGUUGUCCCAAAUGUAAAGGAUUCUAAAAAGGUGUUAGUUGAUCAAAUAGAAGAAUUUAAAAAGCAAGGCAAUGCUGAAUUUUCUAAGGGCAGCUAUGACGCAGCUAUCACAUUCUAUACCCAAGCAAUAUCUAUGUGUCCGGAUAAUGAAAAAGGAUUAUUGUCUGUUGUAUAUCAGAAUCGAGCAGCUGCUUACAGUAAAUUGAACAACAAUGAAAACUGUGCCAGUGACUGUACUAAAGCAUUGGAACUAGUUCCAAAUUAUAAAAAGGCAUUAUCUCGAAGAGCCAGGGCGCUUUCAGAAUUGAAAAAUUUUAAACUAGCAUUAGAAGAUAUCACUGCUGUUAUCAUGUUGGAUCAAUUUCAAAAUCAAACAGAUUUAUUGUUUGCAGAUAGUGUAAUAAAGAAUUUAGGGCAACAAAAUUUGGCAGAUUAUACCAAGAAUCAUGUUUUUAAUUUGCCUACUAAGACAUUUAUUGACAGUUACAUGAAGUCAUUCUGUGAUGAUCCAUUUAACGAUGAAUUUUCUCAAGCUUUGUUGCAAUCCGAUGUGAAUUCCGGACUCGAGUUGGCUUUGAAAUGUAUUAGAGACAAAAACUAUGAUAUCGUUGAAGAAGCUUGUAAAGAAGAGUUGGAGAAGACUGAUAAUAGUUUAGUCCGUAGAACUUUAGCUUUAAAUUUACUCGCUACAUUCACUAUAUUACGAGGUGAUUAUCAUGAAGGAAUUAAAAAUCUUACAGCUGUAAUUGAAACCCCAGGAGUUCCUAAUAAGUUGAUUAUAAAUUCGUUAAUUAAACGAGCAUCCGUAUACCAUCAACAAGAACAAGUGGAAAAGUCAUUUGAAGAUUUAAAAAAAGCAGAGGAAAUUGAUCCUAAUAGCUCAGUAGUGUAUCACCAUAGGGCUCAAAUUUACCUGUUACAAAUGAAUAGUGAAAAGGCAGUUGAAGAUUUUCGAAAAGCUGUUGAACUCAAUCCUAAAUUUGUAUUGUCAAGUGUUCAAUCGUGUUAUGCUCAAUACAUGCACGCAAAACAAAUGUCUAACGAGAUGGAUGUUGAAAAAUACCUGAGAAAAUUAAAAGAAUUUGUAAUUAAACAUCCAGAUAACGCUGAAAGUUAUACACUUUAUGCUCAAGCAUUAACUGAUAAAGAAGGGGCAUUUGAAGAGGCAGAUUCAUUGUUUAAGAAAGUACAUGAAAUCUAUCCCGAAAACGCUACAUUCCUAGUUCACAGAGCAUUGAUCGCUCUAUCAUGGAAAAACUCGUUUGAGGAUGCGUUCAGUUUUCUAGAUCAGGCGCUUAAAAUUGACCCUAAAUGUGAUUACGCUUACGAAACCCUGGGAACACUAUACAUGCAAACUGGUAAAUUAAAUGAAGCUGUCGCCUGUUUGGAAAAAGCCAUAAAUUUAGCAAAAUCGGAAAAAGAAUUAUUGCAUGUGUUUUCAUUGAGAGAUUCAGCUAGAGCGCAGUUAGCAGUUGUCGAACGGCUAGGUUUGACACCACAAGUAUAGUUGUUCAAAAUCAAGCCAAUUAAAAUAUUCUUAUCUGUUGUAUCCAAACAUUUUAAAUGAAUGAUUAAAGUAUUUUUACAAUAAUUCUAAAAUUG